AUGCUGCCGGCAGCUCUACCUGAGGCCCGCAUAUUCACCUACGAUUGGAACGCAAACUUACUCAAAGAUGCACCCGUACAAACGCUGCUCGGCCAUGCUGACACGCUGCUCAAACUUGUUUCCGAAGGCCGCGGUUCGCAAACGCGACCGAUCAUCUUCGUUGCUUCUUGUUUUGGGGGCCUUAUCCUGGCUGAGGCUGUUAAUCGAGCAGCCCAGGUAGGCAGCGACUACCGACAUAUUCUGCUUUCCACUGUCGGGGUCGUUUUCCUCGCCACUCCGUUCCAGGGCAGCGAUGCCGCCCAGCAGGCUCGGUGGCGGGUGCUGGUUGCCGGCAUUAUGGGAGAGCAAGCCUCCGACCAGCUCAUACAAGACCUCGAGCAGAAACACGACUUCGUUCGCCAGCGUAUCCAGAAAUUUACCGAGAUCGCGAAUGCCGAGGCGGUCCGACUGCCCCUGUAUUGCUUCUUUGAAAUAAAGGAGACAGAGAUAUUAAGAGCCAUUCUACCACGAGGUUGGGCGAAGACGCUGACUGAGCGUGUAUUGAAGAAGAUUGGGCUAGAUGCAACCCAUUCGGGCAUGAACAAAUUCGAGGGUCCAGAAUGCCCCAACUUUAAACUCGUUAAAGAUGCGAUCAAGCAAUUCGCUGAAAAUGCACCUGCCGUUUUAACGCGGCGGAAGAACUUACCUGGCAAGCGGCACUGGAUUGUCCCGUUUGGACGUAACAAGGAAUUUGUCGGCCGUGAAAAGAUUCUCCAGGACCUUCUCGGGAGGAUCCAUCCUAGUGCAGAUAAGGAUGACUGCCAGCGGACCGCAAUCGAAGGCCUGGGAGGGGUGGGAAAGACGCAGGUCGCGCUCGAGGUUGCUUUUCGCGUCAGCAACGAGCACCCGAACUGCUCGGUCUUCUGGGUUCCCGCUGUGGAUGUCACCAGUUUUGAGAACGCAUACCGUACUAUCGGUCAGCAACUUACGGUGCCCGGGAUCGAUGAAGUGAAGGCAGAUAUUAAAGCACUUGUCAAGACAGCCUUGAGUCGUGAAAGUACGGGUAGCUGGCUUUUGAUCAUCGACAACGCUGAUGACAGAAAGCUACUCCUUAGCGACACUGCCCUUACCGACUAUCUUCCAUUCAGCCGGAAAGGAUCUAUUCUAUUCACAACGCGAACACACGAAGUCGCGGUUAAGCUAGUGGGGCCUAAGAGUCACAUUAUCUCAGUUGAAGAAAUGAGCAGAGACGAAGCCUUUAAGCUAUUGCAGAAAGGCUUAAAGGGAGAUCAGAUACGUGAUACGGCAAGCACUAUCGCGCUACUGGAAUUUCUUACCAAUCUCCCUCUAGCGAUACAGCAGGCGUCUGCUUACAUGGCCGAGAAGCAGAUCUCAACUACACAAUACCUUGGACUAUGCAAGUCCAGUGACGAGGAUAUGAUCGAGCUACUAAGCCGGGACUUUGAGGACCGACACCGAUAUCAGGGCAUUCAAAACCCUGUCGCCACAACUUGGCUAAUUUCGUUCCGGCAUAUCUCAGAUCACGACCCGCUGGCGGCGGACUACCUCAGGUUUAUGUGCUUCCUAGCUGGGAAGGAUAUUCCGCAAUCUCUGCUGCCACCGGCCGGGAGGCUAAGGACUGUUGACGCUAUUGGGACUCUGAAGGCGUAUGCAUUUAUCUCCCAACGGAAGGAGCCAGAUACUUACGACAUCCAUCGGCUGGUCCAAAUAUCGAUGUUACGCUGGUUAGCCCAAAAGGGAGAGCGAAAGGAAUGGACCGCCAAAGUGCUACAACGGCUUGAUAAUGUGUUUCCCUAUCCGGAUCACGGCAAUAAAGAAGUAUGGAUGAGCUAUCUUCCGCAUACGCAAUAUGUUUUGGAACUGCGGGAGAGGGCGGAUGACGAGGAGGCGCCAACAGGUCUUCUGUCCAAAGUGGGCCAGAGCUUUUAUAAUUUAGGAAAAUAUAAGGAGGCCGAGCAAAUGUAUCGGCAGACGCUACAGCUAUCUGAGAAGGUGUUGGGUAAGGAGCAUCCCGACACACUUACGAGCAUGAACGACCUUGCGCUUGUGCUCUAUAGCCAGGGGAAGUACGAGGAGGCCGCGAAGAUACAUCGGCAGGAGCUACAGCUAUCUGAGAAGGUGUUGGGUAAGGAGCAUCCCGGCACACUUACCAGCAUGAACAACCUUGCGAGUGUGCUCAAUAGCCAGGGGAAGUACGAGGAGGCCGAGCAGAUGCAUCGGCAGACGCUACAGCUACGUGAGAAGGUGUUGGGUAAGGAGCAUCCCGACACACUUACGAGCAUGAACGACCUUGCGCUUGUGCUUAAUAGCCAGGGGAAGUACGAGGAGGCCGAGCAGAUACAUCGGCAGACGCUACAGCUAUGUGAGAAGGUGUUGGGUAAGGAGCAUCCCAACACACUUACCAGUAUGAACAACCUUGCGCUUGUGCUCUAUAGCCAAGGGAAGUACGAGGAGGCCGAGCAGAUACAUCGAAUGAACGCGGCAGCUAAGAGUAUCUACAUGGGGGUAAGGAGCAUCCCCAACACACUUACCAGCAUGAACAACCUUGCGCUUGUGCUCUAUAGCCAAGGGAAGUACGAGGAGGCCGAGCAGAUACAUCGGCAGACGCUACAGCUACGUGAGAAGGUGUUGGGUAAGGAGCAUCCCGACACACUUACGAGCAUGAACAACCUUGCGCUUGUGCUCAAUAGCCAGGGGAAGUACGAGGAGGCCGAGCAGAUGCAUCGGCAGACGCUACAGCUACGUGAGAAGGUGUUGGGUAAGGAGCAUCCCAACACACUUACGAGCAUGAACGACCUUGCGCUUGUGCUCUAUAGCCAGGGGAAGUACGAGGAGGCCGCGAAGAUGCAUCGGCAGACGCUACAGCUAUCUGAGAAGGUGUUGGGUAAGGAGCAUCCCGACACACUUACGAGUAUGAACAACCUUGCGCUUGUGCUCAAUAGCCAGGGGAAGUACGAGGAGGCCGAGCAGAUGCAUCGGCAGACGCUACAGCUACGUGAGAAGGUGUUGGGUAAGGAGCAUCCAUACACACUUACCAGCAUGAACGACCUUGCGAGUGUGCUCAAUAGCCAGGGGAAGUACGAGGAGGCCGAGCAGAUACAUCGGCAGACGCUACAGCUACGUGAGAAGGUGUUGGGUAAGGAGCAUCCCGACACACUUACGAGCAUGAACGACCUUGCGCUUGUGCUCAAUAGCCAGGGGAAGUACGAGGAGGCCGAGCAGAUACAUCGGCAGGAGCUACAGCUAUCUGAGAAGGUGUUGGGUAAGGAGCAUCCCGGCACACUUACCAGCAUGAACAACCUUGCGAGUGUGCUCAAUAGCCAGGGGAAGUACGAGGAGGCCGAGCAGAUACAUCGGCAGACGCUACAGCUACGUGAGAAGGUGUUGGGCAAGGAGCAUCCUGACACACUUACCAGCAUGAACAACCUCGCGAGUGUGCUCAAUAGCCAGGGGAAGUACGAGGAGGCCGAGCAGAUGCAUCGGCAGACGCUACAGCUACAAGAGAAGGUGUUGGGUAAGGAGCAUCCCGGCACACUUGUGUAA